AUGCCCGGUAUGGAGCAGCUGCAGCCCGACGACGACCCGGACAUUCAAGAGUUUCUGAACGAAUUUGGAAGGCAAAGAGCUCCACCGACUUGGCGAUCAGGGCGAGUUGGCCCCGCCAAUGAUCGUGAAGUCCCUUAUGUAUCGGAGAAAACUCUGCGUACAAAGCUUGACGUAGGCAGAGUGCAAAAACUCCUUAAUGCUCUAUACAAAACUUGGGAAAAACCAACCCCAAAGGCCGAUUUCAUUCGGAAACACUGUCUUCGAACAUUUGCGAUACUUCUCACCAUUGGACAUGGACGGAUGAUAUAUGUUUUCGCAAAGCAUCCCAAUCUCCAAGAUCAACAUCUCCCAUACCUUAAAGAGCCUCUAAACUUCCCUACCUCUACCCAUGUCAACCUUUUUUCCCGAUUUUACGAAGCGCAAUGGGCAUUCUGCGUGCAAACUAUGAGGUACGACAUGGGCUACCGUAUAUCACAAGACACAAUACUACCAAUUCUUGCAAUGAAUGCGGUCUAUGAAGAGGGAGGAAGUGCAACAAUGUACAAGAUCCAGGUUGAUGAGGACUGCAACGAGUUACAGCCGGCAGAUGAUUUUGACCGGCAAACCAAUCAUCGACACCGUCAUACCUUUGCCCUGAAAACAUACCGUACGGAUGAUGCGAGGAAGUAUUAUGAGACCGAAAGUGACGCUUUCAAGCAUCUCAGAUUUAAUAACAGGCCUCCUCAAAACAUCAUCGCAUUCUACGGCGGGUUUGAAAGAGACAAUAUGUACAACAUCAUUCUAGAAUACGCAGACGGGGGCACUUUAGAAGAUUUCAUUGCUCGCACUCCCAGUCCACCCAAUGCAGAACAAUUGUGGGUGUUCUGGAAUCAGUUUUUCAACGUCUUAAAUGGCUUAGCCACUAUCCACGGGGAAAGGUCGGAGGACGGUAAUGGCUCAAUGUUACUUGGAACUGAUUCCAAUGUGGAGAACAGUACGCUUCAAGUGAAGCAGGAUGUUGAUAUUUGGUCCAUCGGCUGCGUUAUCAGUGAAGUCGUGACCUGGGGAAGCCAAGGUUGGGACAAAGUCGUCGACUAUCGACGUCGACGCAGUGAAGAGCUAUUUCGACUUUCCGGCCGGCGUGAAGAUUGUUUCCACAAUGACGGGGCAGGGCUUUUACAGACAGUCCGCGAUGUACAUGAUGAAGAUGUAGCACGGUGCCCUCUACAUGACGAGCUGACUGAACCGAUCAUCGAUCGCCUUGUCAAUGAAAUGCUAAUUAGCACGGACGAACAUCGGCCAAACGCGAAGCAGCUCUACAAGAAGUCAAAACGAACAAUCAAGCGGGUCUACGGCAUCUCUGAUGACGUGACACCUAGACCAUCCCCCUACCUUUCCCCUCAAUCUCCACCGCCAAGAAGGCCUCCACCCGGCUACGGUAGGAAAUCUAGCGGAUCAAAACAUCACUUGCAGCCAGAAGGUUCCAGUCAGAUGAGAGAUAGCAUGACCUCUUUAGAUAUCACGGGCGAGAUGUCGCGGGAUCGAAGAAGCUCUUUCCACAAUGUCCAAUCCAACCUGAAUAAUUAUUAUCGGCGAGAAUAUUCCGAGUCAGAACAACAGUCUCCAUCUAGUCCGGAUGGCGGUACUUAUUUUGUCCAACAGCCAGUCUAUACUGUUCCAAAUGAAUACCGCCAAGCGCAAGUAGCUCGUCCUUCAUGGAGGGCAGACACUCGGGACACUUUUUCGACUGAUUAUUCGUCAAGUUUAAGUGGUCGCACCCUGUCCGCUACCAGCGAAACCACCACCUAUAUAGCCCAGAGAGCUGAGGAUUGGACGCCGCCUCCAGAGCUUACUGUCGAGGACGGACUGCAUACGGUUAGAGACAACAUUUCUUGUCCAGAUGACGAUUUGAUGGAACAAGUGAGAGGGCGCGACCACGCAUUUAUCAUCGAUAAUUCAACAUCCUCGAGGAUCUUUAAGGUGCAAAUGGCCAGAGUCUUGGAAGUGCUCGCGAAGAAGCUUGAGAAUGCUGGUUGCGAACGCCUUGAUCUUUAUUCCUUAGCGCCAUAUAAGAAGCUGAAGCGUCUGAAUGCGACCACCAUAUUAAGCCAUUUUAAUUCUAUGGAUGUUCGGGACAUGCCCGAUAUAAGGAGUGGUCUGGCUACAAUUUUCGAUGACUACCAGAAAAAACUUGGAGUGAUUAGACCGGUGGGAUUUGUCAAGCAUCCUAGAACCCAACCCAUUGUGGGUUGUCGCAAACUCAGUCUCUACAUUUUGACUGAUGGAAAUUGGCGGCCUGGUGUCAAUCUUCUACGAGAGAUCGGGACAUUGGCUGAUCACCUCGCUGAAAAAAAGCUUACCAACACACAAGUUGGUAUCCAAUUCAUUCGUUUUGGCCAGAGUGCACAAGCUAUUGAGAAAAUGAAGAGACUCGAUUCAGGGGCAGACUUCAAACUUAAUCUCGUCGACGCAACCCCGGCGAACGGUAAUGUUUGGAAAAUGCUCCUUGGUUCCAUCGACUCUUGGUUUGACGCCGCUGACGGUUUCGAUAAUUCUGAUUCUGCUUUCAAACCCGAAAAAUAUGUUCAAAACGUCGAAACAUUUUCGAGCAGAUAUCUUAUAACAUGGCAACUUCAAGAAUAUUACCAACAAGAUUGCAAAGGGUAUGGAACGCUGAACGACGUCUUGAUUUUGUUUGGUGACGAGAUGAAUGCUCGAUGUUUAACGUGCGAGGAAUACUGCAAGUAUAAAAUCCCAGAAUUUUCUGAUAUCUCGAAGGGUAUACUGGAGAUCAUCAAUUUCGCUGCUACUAUUACUGGCUCGGGGGAACAUCGCACGACAUUCCACCCAUUCCCUGGAACAUGGAUUGAGUUCUUGGUGAAGGUUUUCGACAAGAAAUCCACAGAGGAGUCUAUGAAAGACCUUGACUCUCUUUCCAAUACGACAGUCCAUUUAUCCAUAACUACAAAUUUGUCUUCGCUACUGGACACGGGAAUCGACAGUCUAUUGGUCUCAUUGGCAGCAGCACUCAGACCUAUAACAGACCAUGGGCUAGCAAUAUCCAAGGCUCAAAUGCAACGAGUUAGUGACGCGAUCAAGAUUUCUUUGCUGCCCCUGCAUAUUGUGACACGAAAGGCGUGCUGGCAUCCCCUCUUCCCCCAGAAAGCCAUCUUCAGAGAAACUUUGGCAAGAGAGAAAGACUUUGUGGGACUUCAGAUAUCGUUCAAUUUGAUGAUUGCGCUCUGUGGCACCGACAUCGCUAUGCUUGAGCAAGGAGGAUUAUGUCUAGAAGGCGUAUAUACUUCUCUCAUCCCAAUAAAAACCAAGGAGCGUCGCCACAUGCAAUGGCAUCUAAUUUGCGUAGAUCAAGACAAGAGAGAGUCUGUCGAUUUCAGGCGCGAGCUCUGGAGCGUACAGAUGCCGAAAAACUGGUACAAGACAGAUGACCUGGAGAAUCUUCAAGGGGGACCAAAUACAAUGCAUUACAUUGGCUGGUGCGGAACUUGUGCAAUAACUGUUGGUACGCUCAUACAAAAUGGUUUUAGGGUCGAAGAGUCUACAGCACCUUUAAGGAAGGUCGAGAGGAUCCAUUCUAGUACUGCAUUUACCGCGAAUGCUUUGAUCCACGGUGUAGGCAUCAGUCUAAGCAGAAUUACAACACAAGCCUCCUCAGCCCGUAGCCCCUUUGAGAAUCGGGAACGAUCAUUCACCCACUGGCUUACCGGAUCAAUGUCAGAGCAAGUCCUGCUCUAUGCACCGUCAAAGCAGCAGGCAUGGAUGGUCUCAAAAACGUCGAUCCUCUUACAGUUAGUUCGCGAACAUAUCAAAUGCGUUAGCGAAGCCGAUCGCACUCUGCGUUUCAAUCUCCCAGAUUGCGCCGAUGAAUCUGCGACACCCCUGAAUGCUUACAGCCUUCUUAAAGAACAUUUAGGCACUGAGUUGCCCGUGCUUGGUGCGCAGCGCCCGUUCACGAUAGAGAAUUUGCUGCUUGUAUUUCUGCACUUAUUAGACAAGCUCAGCCGUAGACGUACGGCUGCAUCUUGGAGUCAGAAGUUUUGUGGGUUUGAAUUGGCUGAUGUGAUUCAUCAGCCACGGGACUUUCAAUUAAAGAAGGCUGACAUUUCACACAUUCCUAUCGGCAGCAGAGGUGGUUGGACCAAAUUGAUAGACAAGAUUACCCUUGUAUUCUUUUUUGAGGGGUUAGAAGAUCCUAUUUUACCCUCCCCGCGACCUGGUGAGUUACGAGAAGGAACGAUUUGCUGUUGUAGUCGCAUGCCUAUGAAGAAAAACUUCCUGGCUGCAACACUGUCUAGUUUACGCACUCUCACUAAGGAUUUCGAGCAUUUGGAAACUGGCAGGCUGACGGAGACAACUUUUUGGCACUCUCCUAAUCCGACGCAUUUGUUUCGAAACUGCGAGUGCGAUGACAAUACCCGAAACGAAGGACGUCUGCAAGCCAUCUGGCCCGGGAAAACUGCACAACGCCCAGAAAUUGGUGAGAUUGAGCAACACCCUAAUGGCGCUGUCAUCUUUGCGUCCGGCCUUGGUAUUUUUGACAGAAUUGCGCAAUAG